AUGGAAAUGUCAACAAUAGAGACCUCUGAGCACAAAGUUUCAAAGUUCAGGAAGCAAAAGAUCAAAAAGAAAGCCCCUAAUAAGAGCAAAAAGAAAGAAGUCAUCUCCCUCAAGAAUGUAUGUGAUUCAAAAGAGAAGUUACGGGAUAGCCAAUCACCACUACGCUCCAAGAUAUCCGAAUCAGAUAGUCUAAACAACUGGCAGGAGUAUAGUCCGAAUAUCCUCAAUUCUAACUAUCACAAAAUGGAGAAAAUCCAAAAGAGUCACAAAUCUCGUUCAAAAAGAAGUUCGGCUGAAAAAGGAAGCGUUAAAUAAAAUUUCUACGAGAAAGAAACCAGCAGAGUUCAAGGAGAAACAAGAAAUAGCGGUCAGACCUGCUCAGACACUCAACCAAACUGACUCAAAGACUAAGAUAAACAUUCAGAUUCCUCUUCCCAGCCAGAACAAUCAUCAUGACAAGAGAAAAGAAUCAGAGCUGGUAACUCCAGAACAAGAAAUCCCUGAAGAGAUUUCUCCAACUUUCUCCAAAGAUUAUAAUAAUUUUGGAAAUAUUCACUCAAAGACAAAUAGAAAGAAGAUCAGGAUUAUCAACCUCAACCAAGGAGCAGGGCUGGAAGAGAAGAAAAGCUGCACUUCAAGGUCUAGAAGUUGCUGGUCGCAGUCUAAAGGAGUCACCUCUUCCUACCCUAAGUCUCAUCGGAGCAGUCUUUCACAGAAACAUAUGCCAUCUUUGAAUGUACAUGAUAGUCCCAAAUUUGGCACAUCAGCUGUUCCAGCAGUCAAGAAGGACAGAGAUACCCAUAAGUUAGUAAAAAUUGAUGGAAAGAAGAUCAAGAGUUCAAAACCAGACUCCCAAAGUCCUGGAGUGAUCAAUAUAGUCCCCUCAAAAACAAGAUUUUAAGGAAUCUUUUACUGAUCUGAACCAGGAGAAGACUUACGACCCAGAGUUUGAAUCUGUAGGCGACACCAGCUAUGCUCAGAACAACAAAUAUGUAAAUCUCAAGAACAGCUUCGACCGUAAAUAACAACGUAGUGGUAUUUCCAGACCAAAAAUACACGAAAUAUAAAAGCUUAUCAAAAAGAAUAAAAAAAUCGAUUAAAAGGCAACCUCUGAAAGCCUCUUUCGAUCCAUCCCAGGGCGAAGUUGACAACAGUGACAGCUACUCGAUCUCUGAAUUUGAGGACCCCACCAAGGGUAUUCUAGAGAAGAUUUCGAUAUCAAAGAGUAACCUAGUCAGAGAGAGUUACGAGAAAUAUAUCAAUAAUGAAAGAGGUUUCCGCAACCAGAACUCCUUCAUCCCGAAUACCAAGAAAGUGUCCAAGAUCCACUACAAUCAGGUUAUUAUGAACAAGAAGCCUAUUGGACAAUGGAAGCGGUACAAAAGUUCCGUGAAAAAUAAAAUGGAGCUAAACCAAUCAGAAAUGAGCAAGAAUGAUAAGGACAAUAAGAAGUCUUUCAUACUGGGCUCUGAUAAUAACCUCAAUCUUGCCAAACCAGCCUUCUCAUCUCAAAACUUGACGAUAGAGAUUAAGAAAGAUCAGAGCUCUAUUCAAAAGGAGUUGAUAAUGAUCCCCCAGGAGGCUAAAUCUCAAACCAAAAGCAAGGCUUACAUUCGAUAUCCGACGAAUGGGAGAAACCACAUCCUUGAAAUUAAUGAUACAGUAUUGUCUAAGGACAAGAAUGAGCAUCCCAAGAUCAGAAAUAUUUCUCCAUUAGUCAAUAAUGGAAAGGACAACAAAAGUUUCUGCUCACAUAGACACAAAGUUGCUAUCUGUCGUACUCAAAGGAAUCAUUCAGAUCUUCGAGAUCCGAAGAGAAAGAAGAUAGGUCUAAGUGGCAAGAAUGCCAAAAAUGGAAAGGCCUCGAUGAAGGUAUCUCCUCAACACAAUGGGAACAAGAUUGAUGUAAAGAAUACAUUUCUACCUCCUAUCCUAGUCGACCCGGAGGUAAUAUCGGGCUAUCAGAAAGAAAUGGAGGACAACCAGAUAAUAAUCUCAAACUACAAAAACAAGCAUCGGCGUAAUAACGGGCUAGAAUUUGGUCGAAAGUUCAAUAUUCCAAAUAUAAAUCUCACUAUCGAAGACUCUGGUCAAUUGCCAGUUGCAAACGCCGUGCCCACCAAGCGUAAGGAGCACAACAAAUCCUACAUCAGUGGGUACAAGGGGCUCAAUGGCAAGACUUCGAUCCAAUCUCAAAUCAUCGGCCAAAAGUUGACCCCGAAGCGCCAAAUUUCCCCAAUCCUUCACAAAAAUCCAAACCAAAAAAUUCUAAAAAUUGUCAAAAACUCUAAAAAUCCUAAAAAUUCGAAAAUUUCUGAAAAAGUGACUUUCACACCACUGAACAAGAAGGAAUUUGGGGUGCAAAAUUUUCCAAAUUUUGCUCCAAAUCCAGUGGAAGAGAAGCUGAAGAUGCUGACAAAGAAGUCUGAUGGCGCCAGUGGCUUUGUGAUGACCAGGAUUGACCAUAAGUAUUCUAAGAGGUAAUAAUCAUCCAUAAGGCGUAAGUUAUUGUAAGGAGAUGUUAGAAGGGUUUAGAGUGAAUUGAAUGG